GCGCGAUUUCGUCAAUAGGGUCGACGCCAUUGCUUGCUGCACUGUAAUUCUUUAGAAGAAAAGAGAACCUCGGAUUUCUUUACCUUUAUUGUUGUAAUGGGACCUGAAGACGGGAAACUUGAAAGUAGAAAACAUACGGUUUAAGAGACUAAUUUUGGAGUUUGCUUUUUGAAAGGGACUUUCUGUUCUCUUUCACUUGGCUCAGGCUAUUUGUUGACACUUUUGCGGCCUGCACCCAAGAAAGAUGUACCCGUCUUGGGGAAAGCAUGGCGGUGGCUCUUACCAGCACAACACGGGUCAGCAUUCGAACUACCAUAACAAACCACCGCCUCCUAGAGGCUCCAGCUUGUACAGUGGAAACUACGGCGGUUAUGGUUCAUCUGGAAGCUACUCUGCCUCUUCGGGCCCGGGGUCAUCCAACUUCCAAAGCCUUAGAGAACAACACCUCCAACAAAUGCAGCAACUUCAACAACUUCACCAGAAGCAAUUGCAGUCGGUGUUACACUCCAGCAGUACACCUUACACUGGAGGCUCCUCGCACAGCAGCAGCGGGACCUGGCAUGGAAGCUCUUCGAGUUCGGUUUCGACUGGUUAUUCCACGGGGCCCAACUAUCAGCAACAGCAUCAACACCACGGACCGCCGCCAUCGUUUCCUCCCCCAUCUCACGGACCACCGCCACCGUUUCACGCUCCUCCUCCAAACCAACAACAACAACACGGGCCGGGAGAGCAGCAGGCCCCCAUUCCCAUAACUGCCCCUCCAUCGGGGGAAAAACAGGACCAUAAGCCUCCUGUUACUCCAACAGAAGACGACCAGGUCCAGCAGUCGAAACUUCCCGUUCCCCAACCAGCCCUUCACCAGAGUAAUCAGUCGCCAGCACCUAAUGUGCCUCCUGUAGACUUACUUCAUUCUCAACAGCAUCAGUAUACUCCGCCACCUACCGCACAGUCGGAAUCCACAGACCGUGUUAUUCCGUCACAUACCCCACCAGAGACCAAUAGUCCUGCGUGUUCAAUUGCCCCCGUACUUGACAGCAGUGAACCAAGACAGGAGCAGCCUCCGGAUUUGUCAUCGAUGUCAUUACAGGAACAGCAGCAGUUUUGGUAUAAGCAACAUUUACAGAGUCUUCAAAAGUUAAAACAGCAGCAGAAAAAUGAAAAAGAAAAUAAGAAACAAGAACUCACUGGCCAAUCCCCUGUUCCUCCUCCACCAAAGGAACCUCCUGCUGAUGCAGCACCACCACCACCUCCUCCCAGGGAAGAACUACCCCCUCCACCUCCUCCAGAAGAAGUUAAGACUGAUAUCGUCACAUCUACAGAGGACCCUGAAGAAGCAGCACGUCUGAAACAGUUACAGGCAGCUGCAGCUCAGUGGCAGCACACUCAACAUCAAAGAGCAGGUUAUCAGUACCAAGCCAUGAUGCAACAGCACACACAUCUGCAGCAGCUCUUGCAACAAUACCAGCAAUUUAUGCAGCAACCAGCCCAUCUGCAGACAAUGCCUCUGGAGAUGCAGCUUAGACAUUUUGAAAUGCAGCAGCACCAGUUUAUUCCACUUUUUCAGGAAUGGGAGAGGCAUUUUAAAAUCUGGCAAGAACAAUUUCAGGCGUAUCCCCACAAAGACCAGCUGAAGGAAUAUGAAUCACAGUGGAAGCAGUGGCAGGAUCAAAUGCAAUCAACUUAUGCUCACCUGCAUGAAAGGGUUAUGACUCUUCGCAAUAUGCAACAUCAAUAUGUGUCCGCUCCACCUUAUGGCAUGGUUGGCAUUCCACCUUAUGGUCAAUAUCAUCAACCACCACCUAGUGUACAUGGUAGUAUGCUGCCCCCUCCCCCGGUGACCUCUGUGCCCCUCCCGGUGACCUCUGUGCCCCUCCCCGGUGACCUCUGUGCCCCUCCCCGCCAUGUCUGUUCCCCGCCUCCAGUGACCUCGGUGCCCCGCCCAUGUCUGUGCCCCGCCUCCAGUGACCUCGGUGCCCCGCCCAUGUCUGUGCCCCCACCCCUUGUGACCUCUGUGCCCCCGCCCCCAGUUCCACUUCUUAACUGUCCACCUCCAUCUCUGCCAUCUCAGCCUGCACAAACAUCUCCUCAAGUUUCAUCAUCUUCAAGUAAAGUUUUCUCAGAGACACCAAAUUCUGUAGUAAUUCAGCCUCCAUCAUCAUUGGCUUCUGGACAGCCUGGGUUUCUCACCACAUCUUUACCAUCAGUUUUUACUUCAUCAAGUCCAAGUGUAAAGCCAUUUGAUCCAUUAUCACCACCUAGUCAAGGAUCUCCAGCAGAAAGUCAGAGAAAUUCCAGGCUUAACUCUACUUCAGAAAUUACUGCUCCUGCAUUUCAGACCCCGGCACCUAAGCCAGAUUUACCCUCAGGUCAUUGCUCACAGUCUAAAUUUGAUCAGCAAUCUGAUGAAAAGCAAGGAAGAUUUAAUCAGUUAUCCAGAUUUGAGCAUCAGCAUAGAUUUGGUCCACCUCCUUCUGUUGAACCAUUACCAGUUUCUGGAUUACCACAGCCACCAAAAUUUGACUCGCCUGUAAAAACUGAACAGCCUCCAAAAGAAACUGUACCUGAUGCUCCAACUCCGCAUCCACCAAGGAUUACUGUCCCUUCUAAAACAGAAUCACCAGUACAACCAGAGACAUCUAAAAGUGUCUCCCAACCGUCAUUAAAGUUGAAUGAAUUUGCAAAAAUGGAGACACUUAAAGCUCCAGCCCAGCAGACAAAAGAAUUUAAUGCACUAUCAAAGGGUGAUCAAAGUAACAAAUUUGAGGAAUCUACAGAACAUGUGCCUCGUCAGUCAGAGAAAUUGAAUUCAACUCAGCCAAUUCCAAAAGAUGCUAUGUCACAAGACCAAAAUUUAAAAACCUGUAAACCAUCAUCUAGUGUUCCAAUUAUAUCAUCAUCUGGAAAUUUGACCACAGACUAUGAUUUUGAUGCAGAUGGUGACUUUUUUCUUCCAAAUGAUCCUAUUCCUCAGACCUCGGUAUCAGUAGGAGAGCAAAAGCAAUCAGACUCAAAAGAGAAUUCAUUAAAAGUAAAUCUUGAAGAGGCUGCCAAACCAGCUUCCACAUUACCAGUUAAUGAUGAUAAGAAUGUUUUUGCCAGCAAUAGAAAUGUUACAAAACCACAAGAAGUGCAAAAGGAUGAAGCUAAACCAUUUGAAAAAGACAUGAAGAAAAACUCUGAUACUGUUGCAAAACCAGACACUCCUAAAGGCACUCCUAAGUUAUGUAAUUUGGAAACUCAGAAAGCCAUUUCAACUCCAAAGGCAGAAGGUUUUAGUCAGGGGCCUGUGCCUAUAAGAGGUCCACCAGGAAAGGCACUUCAUUCUAAUAUUGCUUCUAAGCCUAUUUCAGCUAAACAAGAUUCAUUUGCUUUGGAUUAUCGAGGAAUGCAUGGUGAGGAUAAAAAAGAAAAUAGUCAAAAUCAAGGUAUCAACUCAUGGAAGAAUUCUCAGAUGGAAAAACAAAAUCUAACUGAGAGAAAGCCACUGCUUUUUCAUGAAGAAACAUGGCAUGGAGAGGAGGAACAGGGACAUUUUAGAGAGCCCUAUUUUCAAAAUCGAGGCAGAGGAAGACCUCCAAUGGACAGAGAACAAGUCGAGGACAUGAGCAGGCAAAGAGGAUGGGAAGAGCCUGGGAGCGAUUAUUGGCCAGAUAGAGAGCCCUUUCAGAGAGAAAACCGACCUCCAUUUAGACGGCCUCCACUUUUGGCCCAUGAGCCAAUGGAGAGAGAUCCAAGGCAUACUUUUCCUUUACCUCAUGAUCCAUUGGAUCGAGAUCGCAGGCAUCCUCCUCCUUUACCUUAUGAAUACAUGGAAAGAGAGCCCAGACACCCUCCCCUCCUACCUCAUGAUACUGUGGAAAGAGAUACUAGACGACCCCCUGUGUUUCCACAGCAAGUGAUGGACAGAGAGCCCAGGCAUCCUCCUCCCUUGCCACAUGAGUUAAUAGAAAGAGACCCCAGAGGUCAUGCUCCACAUGAAGUCAUAGGCCGAGAAAUGAGACGACCACCAAUUUCUUACGAUAUGGAACGAGAUAGAAGACGUGGGGAAUAUUUUCCAGAGUAUGAACAUGAAUUUGAUUUGGAACAAAAUAGAUUUGUUGCACCUUACACUGAUUAUAAUGAGAAUUACAAUCAAGAUCAGGGUUACUACAUGCAGAGAGAAGAUUGGGAAGUAGAGGAUCGCAGAAGAAAUUGUCCACAGUACCCACCUCAGUUACCACCUGACCGUUUCUGUGAAGAUCGCUGGAUAGAGAAGAGAGAUCAUUCCUAUUUAUAUGAAAGAGAUUUUCAGGAAAGGGGUAACUAUGGAGAUGAGGAAUAUGCAGAACAAGCACUAUACCGACAGGAAGAAAGAGAUUACAUGCCAGACAGACCAGAGUGGAGCAGAGAACCAUUACACGAAAGGCGAUACAUGCCUGAUGUUGGUAACCGGAGACCACAAUUUGAAGAGCGAUUGGAGGUUCCUUCAACGUUGCCACCUUCUGCUAUUCCUCCUCCGCACCAUGAUGCCCCAGAGGUUAUGGAUGAUUCAUCAGGAGCAGCAAAAGGAGUUCUAGCACUUUCACAAAGACAACAUGAAAUCAUUCUUAAAGCUGCUCAGGAACUUAAAAUGUUAAGAGAACGUCAGGAGCAAUUUCAAGUUCAUAAUGAGUAUGGACCUAGUGAUACUAAUGCCCAAUUCUCACAUGCAGAGCCUGUUGCAGCUGGAAUGUUAGGAUUUGAUAUGCCUCCGGAUAAUUUACAGUCAAAAGUCUUUUCCAAAAAUGACGUAGUUCUUCCUAAUGCUGCCCAGUCCUUUUCUGAGGAACAACGCUGGGGAGGUGGACAAUUGCAUAAUCAGUGGGAUGUGGGCAACAGUUCACCAGGCCCAGAUCAUAACUUUGGUCUUUCUGGUUCUGAACCUGUUCCACCUCUUAGCAAGCCCCCAGUUAUUCCAAAAACUGUAGAUUAUGGACAUGGUCGAGAUGGUGCCACGGCUAAAGUUGAACAUAUCUCCUACGGUGAAAGAAUUACUUUAAGACCUGAUCCAGUACCUACGGAACGAUCUUUUGAGAAAGAGCCACUGAUACCAAGAGAUCAUUAUGAAAGAGAUUCAUUUUAUGAGCGACGUGCAGAUCCGUACUUACAACACAGAGAGUACAGCAGGGAUAGGGAACGUGAACGAGAACGAGAUAGUUACAGAGAGAAGCAGCCUGUAGAAUAUGAGAGAGAACGCUAUGAAAGGGAUCGUCACCUUCGUGAAGAAAGGUUGCCUCCAGGUUCUUCUUCUAGAUCUGGAUUGUACAGAGAUAGGGAUGGCAGGGAUAGCAGAGACCGAGAACGAGAAGGCAGAGAAAUCAGGGAGAACAAGGAUCACUAUGGCAGGCCUGGUUUUGAGAGACCACACUUUGAACGUGGACCUGAUCGUCCUCCUUAUGAGCAUAGCCUUCCUGGUUAUGCAGGUGAAAAACGUGUUUAUCCAGAGGAGAGACCACCUGUACCUGUUCCCCCUGUACCCCACCCACCUCCAGCUCAGCCACGGGUUGAGAAAAAGCCAGAAAUGAAGAAUGUUGAUGAUAUCCUCAAACCUCCUGGCAGAGAGAGUCGCCCUGAGAGAAUUGUUAUCAUAAUGAGAGGAUUGCCAGGAAGUGGAAAAACACAUGUAGCCAAAUUAAUUCGGGAUAAGGAAGUUGAAUUUGGAGGAGCACCACCUAGAGUUCUUGGGUUGGAUGACUAUUUUAUGACUGAAGUUGAAAAAGUGGAAAAGGACCCUGACACAGGGAAAAGAGUCAAAAAGAAGGUUCUAGAAUAUGAAUAUGAGCCAGAAAUGGAGGACACCUAUCGAAGUAGUAUGCUGAAAACGUUUCGCAAAACUUUAGAUGAUGGGUUUUUUCCCUUUAUUAUUAUUGAUGCCAUCAAUGACAGAGUGAAAUAUUUUGACCAGUUUUGGAGUGCUGCAAAAACAAAGGGCUUUGAGGUGUAUUUGGCAGAAAUCACUGCUGACAACCAGACUUGUGCCAAACGAAAUAUUCAUGGGCGCAAAUUCAAGGACAUUGCAAAGAUGGCUGACCAUUGGGAGACUGCUCCCCGUCACAUGGUGCGAUUGGAUAUUCGAUCCUUACUGCAAGAUGCUGCUAUUGAGGAGGUUGAGAUGGAAGAUUUUAAUCCAGCUGAAGAAGAACAAAAAGAUGACCCGAAAACUGAAGGUGCUGAAGAGGAGGAAAGCGAUCUGGGGUAUAUUCCAAAAAGCAAAUGGGAGAUGGACACAUCAGAAGCAAAGCUUGACAAACUUGAUGGUUUGAGAAGCAGCAGCAAACGAAAACGUGAGUGGGACUCAAUGGCAGGCAUGGAAGAUUAUCUUCAGCUUCCAGAUGAUUAUGACACCCGAAUGUCAGAGCCAGGAAAAAAAAGGGUAAGGUGGGCAGAUCUGGAGGAGAAAAAAGAUGCGGAAAGAAAGCGGGCUAUUGGAUUUGUAGUUGGGCAGACUGACUGGGAAAAAAUUACAGAUGAAAGUGGUCAGCUUGCUCAAAGAGCACUCAAUCGCACCAAAUAUUUUUAAUUUUUGCUCCUCGGUCAUUUAUUAGAAUAUCAGAUAUUCAUUCUGAAAAAUAACUGAACCAUGCAGCUGAUCAAGAAGUGGUCCUGAAUCCUGUAAUUAUAGUUUGUACUGUGUUCAUAUGACUAAUAGAAACUUUUCAAGAAAGUUGCUGAAAAUUGAGUCCAAGAAAGUUGCUGAAAAUGGAGUCUCAGUAAUUGUAUCAGUCCUGCUUUUACAACGCAAAUGUUUUUUUCUCCGAAUUGCUUUUUGUGUACCAAAUUUAAGUUCCCAGCUUCUGUGUUAUUUUUCCAACAGUUGUGCAUUACUAUUAAUUUGUUCUAAAUUUCUUUUAUUAAAGAACUACAACAAAAUUUGAUUAAUAGCAUGUUCAAUUUUAAGUUAUUGAAUACUCAUUGCAACUGUUUCAGCAGUUUUUGUAGGGUGAAGACUCCUGAUGUCUAGUUCAUGAAUAUUGUACAUUUUUUAAUAAAACCAAGCUGUGAAAUCUUGGCUAGAUUUCUUGAAUGGC